AUGAAGGUUCUCUUGUCAAUCGCUUUGAUGGCCUUGUCCUUUGGAUCUGGACAGGCCCAAUCCACUCCUCCUCCAGCGGAUGGAAACGGAUAUUGCUGUGGCCGCUCCACCCAAGACUCAUUGGCAUUGUGUGAUCCAUGCACAGCAGGAAACACCUGUCCACCGGCUGUUACCUGUGAACCCAUGCCAACCUAUUGCGCCGCCUUUGGCUUGACUCAUUGUGGGCCUUUUUCCAACGCCUGUUGCCAAGGAGCAACAACUAUUGUCAGUGCAUGUGGAGACAGAGAGAGUGAAGAAGUUUGCUUCCUUGCUCCUCCAACAACUCCAACUCCACCGAACACACCGGUCCACAGCGGCGGUGUGGUGGUGGCGGCGGUGGCACUUCUGCAGGCGGUUCGGGAGAUCCCCACUUCAAGGUAA